ACAUUAAUAUGGCGGCGCCCAGUGCCGUUUGUAAGGUUGUGAGCAUCGGGAGAGAAACGACGGCGGCAGUAUGAUGUUUUUAACGUUUUUAGGCGUGUUCUUGUUGCUAUUUCUUGCCUGCUGCAUCUUGGUUGGAGUCGCGUCUCGGACACUUUCGUGGUAUUUGUCACGAGCUUUGCAGCAACGCUACGACAUCAAACUCAAGAUUGGACGUUUCGGGUUUUUCUCCAUUCAAGAGGUUUACCUGCAGUUCCGAGAUGGCACUACACUGGAGGUGGAGCAAGUAUGGUUCACAAGCAGCCUCUUCUCCACAAAGUACAGUUCCUUGUUUGUUGUCUGCCUGGGAGAUGUGCGGUUACAAGCACACUUUGACAAGCUCCUGGAAAACAAACCGACAAAGCGACUGCCUCCUGACAAGCCUCCCGCUCAGGGGAAAAUACAGCUGCCAGGCAAGGCCAUGACAUUCUUUAAGCGGAUGUCGCUCCAUGUACACAAUGCUAGCAUAAUGCAACUGGGAGCUCCGUCGCAGGAUUGCCUUCUUCACGCUACAUUUCAAGAGCUGGCCAUGCAUGUGCUCUCAGACAAGCUUGAUUGCUGCAUAAGCAUGAACAUGAUCUCAGCAGCGCUUCGCAUCUUCAAACACCCUCAGGAUACAAGCACGAAUGACUCCUGCAUGGUUCACUUCUGUGUCAGUAUCCAGAGCAGCAUCACAUGCUCUGCUGUGGACCUCAGAGUCAUUCAUAACGCCUCUGUGGACAUCCGACAGCCAGAAAUAUUGCUUUACGAAGACAAGCUUCUGGAAGCUCUGUCAUCGCGAGAGGCUCCAACCAGCCAGGAGCUCGAACACGAGGAACCUGAGCACGAUGAGGAGGCGAAUGUCGCAUCUUCCGACAAGGAGCCCACUCUUGGAGAGGAUGAACUCAGGUCCCUUGUUGGGAAAUUACCUGAGGCUGUCUGCAUCAAAAUGGAGUCGUCAUCUUUCAAGAUUCUUAGAGAAAAUUUUCAGAGAGGCCUGUUUCUGGAGGUUCACAGCGUCACUGCCGAGCUUCUUCGAGAUGCUGGGGAAGACAGCUUCGCCACCUGCCUACUGACGCUCUCCAAUUUGGGCCUGGCCAGUGACCAGUUUCAGGUGGUCUCCCUCAAGUCUGCGGAGGCCAAAUUUCGGCUUCAUCACGAGCAAGUGGACAUGAAUGUGAGGCUAGCUUCACUUCAUGCGGCCUACUCGGAAGAGGAGCUGAACCACUGGGGACGGCUGUUGCCCCCACGACGUAGGAGUGCCUCUGUUCCAGCGCCGCACAGAAGCAGAUCCCAGAGCUCCCUGGACAAGCUGGUCUCGCUGCGAAUGCUGGUGCGGGCCACAGCUGAGCUGGAAGACGUCUCUGCACAACUCAAAAUGACCGACUGCGGCCCCUUCAGCACCGGUCUCGUGCACGCUCGACUCAAUGCCGACAUUGGGUCGGUGCUGCCCGUAGCAGGAAAAGACAAAGGCACAAGAGACAUCAGCUCGGAAGUGAUGCUGGAGACUGCCUGGUGCACCCUGAGUCCCGUGGAUGUGCCGCGUCCGCAACAGCUCAAGAAGAGCCACUUCUGGAAUGUGCCCUUUUCUGUCGGCAUGAUGUUGCUCAAGACAAGACACACCUCCCAGGAUCUCCGAAUCCAGUGCAUGCUGGGAAGCGUCCACGCCGAGGUCAACCCGAGAGUGACCGCCCUGCUGCAACAGUGGUGCUCCAGGAUCACUUCGAGGAUGACCCUGGGUCGCCCCGGGGGCGCUUCUAGGGCGGCCUCUCCGACGCUGUCGGUGCACCUGAGCCUCUCGGACACCAAUGUGUUUGGGGUGAGCUCGGCAGAGACCACCCUGGUGGCCCGCCUGGACACCCUCAACGUUGACUGCGGCACGGGCAAGGUCUACCUCAACAUGGAUGGAUGCGCCGUGGCACCGCUGGCGGUUGCACCGCAGUCUUACAGCUGCAUUCCUGCGUCGGAAAUGAAGUCCACAGCUCUCUACAUGAAAAGUGUACGCAUGAACUACAAGCCUGAUCACAAGGAGGUGCACCUACAGCUGCACGAAGAGGCCACACUCAGCUGGAGCACGACCCUGCACAUGUCUGCGCUCACCCUUGCACAGGACCUGGAGUCCCUGAGGACGUCCUUGAAACGUUCUGUCACGGAAGAGUCGCCCAAGAGCAAGGAGGGCUCUAAAGUCCGGGCCCUCAACAUUUGCUUCCAGGGUGUCAAUACCUUCGAGUUUGUGUUGUCACACAGCCACAGAAUCCAGUUUGUAACUUUGGACCUGCACAUUAAAGUGAAGCCUUCACAAAAGUCUGUUCACACAGAAAACCUCAUAGUGUACUUUGACGAGCAUCCAGUGUUUACAUUCCAGCAAGUACAGUACAUGGCCAUUCCAUCCGGUGAGAAGUCGUCUAUUAAUCGGAAUGCAACCAAGGGACUUUCCCAGCAGCAUAACAAGCUGUGGACCCUUGUCAUUGACGAAAUGCAAGUGGUGUUUCCAUACCAGUACAACUUUGCGGAGGUCUUCAGUGAAGAGGCCGUCAACAUUGUGAAAUGGAUCAAGUUAGUUCACAAGAGAGCCAAGAAGCCCUUCACCGAAGAUUCUCCUCUCCCGUCCGAUUUCUCCAUCAAAGCCAAGAAUUUGACUGUGGAACUUGGAGAUGAUCCCUUCGAAGUCAAACUGAGGAACAACUAUGAGCUGCUAGAGGAUGAGUACCACGAGAGCCUCAAGAGAAAAAAGAUGCUCGAUGAGAAGAUUGAAACCUUCCGAAAGACUCAUCUCAUGCUUCCAGCUUCGAAGGUGAACGAGCUGUACGCCACGCUGACCAAGAAGAAUGCGGACAUCUACAUCCAGCGGUCAAAGCAGCUCUACUCGGGGGCCCCCCUGCGCAGUCGUCUGGUGCGCUGGCACUUUGAGCAGUUCGAGCUGCUGGCCCUGGCCGACCCUUCCUACCACGGCACUCAGAGGGUCGUCGAACUCAUUCAGCACCUGGAUCCCGAGAGUCCGUACCCAGAGGAAGGGCUGGAGUUCUCCACGUUGUGGUGCCGGAAGGUGAAUGGCAGUAUCAAAGCGGUCACCUGCCAGCUGCGCGACUUCCCCCAGCUCCUGCUCGACUGGCGGGACUUCAACUGGUGGGGCACCCUGGCCGGGGCCGAGCAGGAGGCCUCCCACAGGGCCAAACGCACAUCUGUGGUGGAAGUGGGUUACCCCUGGUCCAACAUGACUGUGGAAAGGAGCAUGUCUUCCCUCAAGUUCUAUCAUGAUCUCACUUGGGACCUGGGCUACCUGAGCAUGACGUACGGCUCGUGCUGGGACCCCGUGGUGGCCCAGGUGAACCUGGCGCUGGAGCGGGUGAACCGCCCCUCGGCCGACCUAAGCCCGCCCCUGGCCUGGUGGGACAAGGCCCGGCUGCUGCUGCACGGCCGCCUCACGGUGUCUGCCCGCCAGCUGUCCAUGCUGCAGCACGUCUCGCUCCAUCCGUACAACGACACCGAGCUCUUUGAGGUGGCCUGGACCGACGCCAUCGUGGACUGGACAAAUGGCAAGAUCAUUAUGAAGGGCAACCUGGACAUGUAUGUGCACACAGCGUCCCGCUACAACGAGAGUAGGCUCCUGCACAUCCCAAACCUCAAAGUAAACAUGAAGUUCAACUGGCUCUGUCUGGGCAAUCCUCAGGACCACCACAGCAUCAUGCCCUGUGCCCCUGACAAGGUCCCAGAAUACUCCAGUAACCAGGAGCAUGACAGCUACCGAGCGUUCCGUUCUCAGAACCUGAAUCUCUCGAUGUCUCUGGAGACCAAGAUGGCGGCACUGGAGACUGCAGACUCUAUCCCGACCCUCCUGCUCUACAGUUCCACUCUCAAGUGGAUUGAGAGCCUCAAGGCCAUCCUCGGCGGGCAGCCGAAGCUGACGCGUCGGGGCCCCCUGUUUGACAACGUGAAGCCCCGCAAGACGCAGCUGACGCGCCACGUGAAGAGCCUGCAGCUGGCUGUGGCCCUGCACAAGUUCCAAGUCUGCUACUGGACCUCCCUGGCCAAGCAGCACGGCUUCGAGCUGCUCGCCGGCCGGCUCCAGCUCAGCUCGGAGCACGGCCUCACCCUGGAGCCCGUUCGCGACGGGCUGCUGCACAGGCCUCGGGCCAACUGGUCGGUGGUCUACAUGAACUGCGAGCUCGGGGACAGCGAGGUGUGGCUGUACAACACGAGCAGCGAGUCCGCCGCGGGAGACCAGGCAGGUGCCGGGGAGCAGCAAGAGGCUGAGGGGCUCGGGGAGCCGUCUUCCAGAGAGGACAGGGCCGGCGGCGCUGAACCCCAAGCACCGCUGCCCCCGCAACGCAGGUACUUCCUCAGCGUGUCUCGGGUGUCGUACGGCCGAGAGACCAAAGUGCGCACGACCGGCGUUGCGGCACUGACGGAGGAAGAGGACACGCCAACGCACCUGCUGGCAGUGCACGGCCUGCGGGGCGCCUGGACCAAGCACAACCGGGACGUGGUGUUCGGCCUCUUCGACAGCUACGUGGGGGCCAAGCUGCUGCGCAGGAACCUGUCCACCGACGCUCUCCGGGGCUUCCGGGUGGACGCGCAGCCGCUGGCGUCCCCCGAGAUGAGGCCCAGCCCACGUCCUGCCCGAAGGGGUGCCUCCCCGGCAGUGUCGAUGCUUCAGCAGCUGGUGUCGGAGUCCUCCGGUCCCCGAACGGUCUACACGGAGGACGUGGAGGGCCCUGGCACGGAGGAAGAGCAGCUGCACGGCGUGGCAGCCUGCCAGGCCAACGAUGUGCUUCACAAGAACUGGCUCGUGGAGCUUGUCAACAGCCAGGUUAUGCUUCGUGGCUGUGAGACAUCAGGCUAUGUGAUUGUGAGUGCAGCCAAGGCCCAGAUCCUUCAAAGACUGCACAGUCCUGUGUGGAAAGAAAACACCCUGGUCUCCAAGACAACCUGGGUGGGCUCCCUGGACUUCAUGCAGUACUACGCCACGGUGGACGUGGGGGAGCGUGGUCCUUCGGAGGAUGGGGUGGUGUGGCUCACCCUGGACAACAUCGAGGAGCGGGCCUCGACGGUGAUCAACGAUUUGCCCGACCUGGUGGGCAGCGGCCAGGGGGUCGGGGGCGUGGUCAGCAAUACGGUGGGCGGGGCCUCGGACCCCAACACAGCCCCGCUGCAGCUCCAGCGCAUCAUUUCUCGCUGCGGGUGCCAGUUCUUCUACGCCAGCUACGGGGAGAACAUCGACCCCGACGGACUCGAAGAGGUGCCUCCACUGCCGGACGAGGAGGAAGAGGAACCCUGGGGCCGCGAGGCGGCGGUGGACGCCUUCACGCUGACCCACCACGACCUGGAGGUGUGCAGCAAUCCGCUGCAGUAUGCCAUGGUGCUGGACCUGGUGAACAACCUCCUGCUGUACGUGGAGCCCCGCCGGAGAGAGGCCAACGAACGGCUGCAGCGCAUGCGUUUCCGGCUACAGCUCUCCGCGGGGGAGGACCACCGCACCCCAAUACUCCAGCUGCAGGACCAAGUCCGGUCGCUGCUGUCGAUGCAACGUCACCUCGAGCGAGAAGCAUACCAGGUUCAGCGGAGCCUGAAUGAUGACCCGGGCAACCCUGACCUGGAAGCUGAUUUGGCUCACCUGGAACAUGAGAUCCAUGAGUGCAAGGAGAAGCUGAGUGCGUCGAGCAAGGAGCUGGCCAUGAUCAUCAGCUGCUACCGGGAGACGCAGGUGGCAGCACUCAAGACCCACCAGCGGGCCUCGUCCCACGACCAGGAGGUCAGCGUGGUGCGGCGGGCCGAGGUCUGCUUCAAGCACGCCCACUGGAGGCUCACCGACGUCGACGGGCAGCUCGGCAUUGCCGACUUGGUGCUCAGCAACUUCCUUUACUCCCGACUGACCAAGUCCAACGACUCUGUGGAGCAUCUUCUGGAGCUUGGCAAUAUGAAAGUCACUAACCUCUUACCUAACCAGGCCUACAAGGAGGUGCUCCAGCCUACGGAGUUGCAGCCCCACGUGCCACUGGAACGUCAGCGAGCCCUGCGUAUCUUCUGCCGCGUCCGUGCUCCGGUCGGGGGCAUUUCGGUCAAGGAGCACCUCGAGGUGAACCUGGUGCCCAUCACCAUUGGCCUCACUCACGCCUUCACCAGGAGGAUGCUGCGCUUCUUCUUCCUCACCCGUGACACCGAGAAAUCUGAGGACCACUUAGAAGAGGAACCCAAGCCGGUGACCCACACCAGAAGGGCCCGCAGAUCGCAACAGCCUCCUGCUUCUACCAGUCGGGAUGACAUUGAGAAGAUGAAGGAGCGUGCGGAGAAGAACCAGACGUUCCUCUACAUCAAGAUCCCUGAAGUGCCCCUGCGGCUGAGCUACAAGGGGGAGAAGGAGAAAAACCUGGAGGACCUGAACGAGUGCUCCUUGGUGCUGCCCACCAUCGAGCUGCACAAUCGCACCUGCACCUGGCUCGACCUGCUCAUGGUCAUCAAGAACGACGCCCGCAAGGUCCUCCUCUCACAGGCCAUCAAACAGAAGUUGCAGAUCAAAAGCCAUCAGCAGCAGCCCCAGCAGCAACAGGGGUCAUCGUCCGAGGACAGUAGUCAGCCCCAGGAGGAAGACAAGGCGAGGUUACUCCUGGGGGCCAAGCUUCUGGGAGGACCAGAAAAAAGUACCAAGAAGAGAUUUUUCUAGUGAAAUUGUGAUACAGUUGGAAGCUGGAGUGGCCCCUGCAAGAUGUCAAAGCCAAGUGGCGCUUGUGUACAUAUACCACUGUCAUUUUGAACUUAUUUAACAUUAUGCAAGCUUGUUCUCCAGAACAUUUACAGCUAAGGCGAUAGAUACUAUCCUUGUAUCUUGAUGUAGCACUACUGAAUGUAUUAGAUCCUCCGGAAUUAGCCUGUAUUGAUUGCCAGUGUACUGAUAUUCUUUUGCCAACAUAGGUCAUUAUGUUGUAGCCAGAUUCCAUAAUUUUUCCUGGCUGUCUUUUUUUUUUAAUUUUGGUUUAAAUGUGGACAUCUGUGCAGCCGUUUUUUGUUAUGCGUCAGCAAUGUCUCACCAAUGUUACCAAGUUGUCAGUGCUUUUUGUGUCCUCUUGCAGUUGGUGCUUAAUAUAUUUUUGAAAAUUUAUAAGCUCUUGUAAGUAUUGAAUAGAAUAUUUUCUUAUUUUUCUCUGAAAGAAGUUUUGUGCAGAGUGAUCUUAGCAGCCUUCCGACUUUCGCAGUUGAUAAUGAGGAGUUAGGCACUAACACCUUGAGGAAUGUGCAUGGGUAUACUAUUUGUUCCACUCAUGUGACAGGAGAGUGGAUUUUGUUUUUCGGCUUUCACUGGCGAAAUUUAUUGUUGUCUCACACAUGACUCCACCAGCAAUUCUGUUGAUUUAUAUUAGAAAGAUGCACCAAGAGUUAUGGUUAGAGGUCCUCCAAUCUCUCUCCCAAUGAAAGCAUAGUCAGCAUUUGAUUUGUUAUAAUUGCCAUUUGCAGAAAAGUGAAUCAAAUUUUUCUUUGACAUAAACCAAAAAAAAGAAAUCCUCAUUGGCACAAACCAUCUUCACCUUUUAUCUCUCAUGAACUAAAGAGAGAUCUCAGUGAUUGAAAACAAUGGCUGUACACAAGAUUCACUGUGCAAGUAUGUGCAGCAUUUUAAUUAGGUUCCUUCACAAGUGGGAACAUGUAAAAAAAAAAUAAUUAGUAAUUGCUUAGUUUACUGUUAUACUACAUAAUUUCCGUAUUUAAUGAAAAAUGAUUUUCUUCUCCUGGAGUUAAACCAUGUACUCCCACCUGUACAGCUGGGACUAUAAACUGCCAAAGCUACAAAAGUGAAUAAUAUAUUUUCCAAAACGUGCCACGAGCAUGUGGGCUUCUAAACCACAAUACUUCCACAAAGUUUACUGGCAGACCAUUAUAAAAUUCCAUCAGGAAAGUUGUGGAAGCUUUGGUGUAGCCCCCCUUUUGCAGUGUAAAUGACAUCGCCUGUUGUCACAAGAUGAGCAAGUGGCAUUUAGGAAUGUACAAACACGUGUAUAAUAUAAAGCGUUGCAAAGCAGCACAUUGCAGGUCUCAACCGCGGGUUAUGCUUUGCAUGUACCCGAGACAAUCUCGAAAUCUUAAUAGGAGACUGCAAUUGUAUAAAAAUUUUCUCUAAACAUACAAGUGCUUAUUACAGGUUUCAAUCGCUGUUGUAAUGCUUACGAAGGUUGCAGUAGUAGAGCGUUGAAACCAAUUCAGUCCCAGAAGGCAUAGCUUGGGUAUUUACGACCAAGUAGUAUUAUAGGAAAUAUUGAAAUGUUGAUAAGAGCUGUCAAUUGGUGAUGUCCAGUGUUGGCUAAACACUAAGAUAAUUAGACAACCUCAAGUAAACAGUAGAUUUUAGUUCAGAGUGCUAAAUGAAGCAAUGCUGAUGAUACUAUAAAUCUGAAAUUGGACCACACAAUAUUUUGGAGAAUGUAAUUGAGCAAGAAACAAUAAAGGUUGACACAAAAGGC